CACAGGUCAUUUUCGACUGGUCACCAUUAAAAUUUUUAGGUGACCUAAUCAAGCAUUCGCGUGGAUCUUUGCAAUUCGCGUUUUCCGGUGGCUCGCACCCUGAAAGCUUCAGACUGCUCUUCAACUCCUCUGCUCUCAUCACAACUUCCUAACAUCUACUAGCUAGUAUGUAAAUAGCGCUCAGAAGUGAAAAAGUGGAAUCUAAUUCGUUCGUUGACCAUGGAGGGAGAUAAAGCAGAGGCGAGAGCGUCCGGUACAAUGGAGCCAAGAGAGCCGUCAUCUGAAGACAAUGCAGGCGCAGGGGAUACAUCAGAAGAUGUCCGCGUUGUUAAUUUGGAAGAACUGGAGCGUGAUAUCCUGAGCUUAAUGGAGCGAGGAGGGGACCAAAACGAGGCGCUGAAGCUUGAAAUCCAGGGCUUGAUGCUGAAGCAUAAAGGACUUGGUCCCCCCUCGGUGAUGGUGUCCAACGACGAAGUGAUUGCCAACAAGAUGGCCAAGGCAACCGCUCGGCCGAUAAAUAAUCGGCAAGAUGCACCGAGCAAUGUGGAACCGGCUUCGAUUGGGAACGAUCGGGAAAAUAGUCGUCCUGAAGUUCGGCAAAGACCAAACGGUAACGUUUUGACACCCGCUUCUUUGCAACGGCUACCCACCGACAUGAUGCCCCAGCCAAUGCCAGCUCCCGACCUUGGGAGGAAUCAAAACGCUCGUACCACUAUACCCGGGGCCUAUCCCAUGACUACACCCAAUGGCCCUGCUGGGGAACAGGAGGAUAUAUCAUCGCAACAAGAUCCAACACCGUGGGACAUCACUGGAUCGGUCCCAAACGACGAUGCGAAUGCUGGCAACCAAGGAGAAUCCAAUGACGCCGAUUUGGCUGUGGCAGACCCUGUCCCUUUUCAGGGGACGCUUGUGAGCGAUGACGACGAUCAGGAGGCAAGUGCCCAUUUUGUCAUCAUGGCAAAGCCAUUGGGAUUCCUUUCCAGGUGGCAGAAACCAAUUAUUGCUUGUGCCAUUCUAGCCAUUAUUAUUGGACUUGUGGUGGGUAUUACCUGUGGGUCAGGAGCUUGCUCAGAAGGAAAAGUUCAGCUUGUCACGCAGUCUCCAACAGCUGCUCCGACAGGAUCUCCUACGGCGUCACCCACUGCCAAUAUUUUGGGCACUCUCCCCCAAUACACAUUGAACGCCCUCGCGGACCCUACCACCAAUCAAUCUCUCGCCUAUCAAUGGGUCCUAGGCGACCCAGACCAUCAGACUUACUCAGAGUAUCGAUUGAUGCAGAGGUUUGUGCUGGCCAUGCUCUACGCUUCGAGGAAUGGAACGCUGCCUGACUAUGGCUCAAAUGAGUGCUUUUGGUUUGACGUCAACGCCACCAAACUUGAUCAAAUGGAUCCAUCGUAUACCGACGAAGCAUGCGCACAAGACGGCACAAUCGAGCUUCUGGUCCCUUUGCACGGCAGUGUGCGAGGGAAAAUUCCGCCAGAGAUGGGACUCGUGACUUCACUCCUCGCGAUUGAUCUCUCCGACCAGGAGAUUAGUGGAACCAUCCCGUCUUCAAUUGGCGACCUAACCCUUCUCCGCGAUCUCAACCUCGACAAUCUGGAACUUUCGUCAACACUGCCUACUGAACUUGGCAACUUAGCUUCGCUCCGCCGUUUCCAGAUGUUUGAUGGCAGCAUCACUGGGGAAAUUCCUUCAGAGCUGGGAAGAGCUUCGGGGCUCGUCCUUUUCAAUUUGACAGACGGUGAUCUUGAAGGCAGAGUCCCCUCAGAGAUUGGGUUGCUCACGAAUCUUUUUUACCUAGAUCUGACCCGAAACGAGUUGAAUUCCACAGUGCCCACGGAGAUUGGGCAAUGCCAAUCAUUGGCUUCAUUGAACAUUAGUUGGAACGAUCUCACAGGCGCGAUACCGAGUGAGAUCGGCCACCUGUCCAACCUUGUUGACUUCCAAAUCUUCCAAAACGAUCUGAGCUCCAGCAUCCCUACAGAGAUCGGGGAGUUGUCAAGCAUACAAGUUUUCAAUGUCGAGAACAACCGAAGAAUGGAGCUUGGGAUCCCAACGGAGAUUGGCAUGCUAAGCACUUUGAAAGAAUUCCAUAUCAUUGACAAUAACAACAUGUAUGGAUCCAUUCCCAGCGAGAUUGCCAGAUGCUCCAACUUGGAAAUAUUCAGAGCGAGAGAAACCAAGCUGUCUUUCACCAUUCCGAGCGAGAUUGGCCUGCUGAAGAAGCUAACAUUUUUUGACAUGUUGCACACUGCAAUCUUUGGGACAAUUCCAACUGAAGUUGGUGUGAUGAAGUCCUUGGUGAAUUUCAAUACCCGAGACACUACAAUCACGGGCCCGAUUCCAUCAACACUUGGGUUGCUAAAAGACUUGAACGAGCUUGACAUCAUCUCUUCUCUGAUGACAGGAACAAUCCCAACGGAGUUGGCAUUGACCAAACUAACUCGGCUCAGCUGCGUGAGAAACUUCUUCUCAGGAACCCUUCCAAGUGAGCUCGGAGUCUUGACGGAUAUGAGUGACUUCAACUUUGAAAACAAUUUACUCACAGGAAGACUGCCUUCGGAGCUUGGCAGAUACUCGAGUAAUUUGGAUUUCCUUGUUUUGCAUUUCAAUUCACUGACUGGGUCUAUUCCGUCCGAGUAUGGUUUAAUGACAACUGCCAAGAAAAUACAGUUGCACACCAAUCUGCUAACGGGCGAAAUCCCCGAUUUCUCUAACUUUACCGACCGGCUGGAGAAGAUUGAGCUGAGCAGGAACAUCAACCUGACCGGAUCGUUUCCUGACAACGUGUGUGGAAUUCGAGAGCUUUCAUUCAGCUGCGACCCCGACGUGCUUUGUGGCUGUUGGUGUCCUUGCAACUAAUAACUAGUUAGCCAGAAAGGGCUGACAUUUAUGCAUUGAGCAUUGGUACCCACUACAUGUAGUAGGCCGCCUCCUCUGUUUGAUGUUGCGUGCCACAGCUGCAUGCAUCCAAAAAUUAGACUACAGACAUGUCUAUAAUCGCAUCUAGCUAGCUUAGCAGAAUGGUUGGGUGUGGCCGUUCUAGGCAGUUCCGACAGUGUCCUUGGCGUCAAAGGUGAACCCAGCACCACUUUCUUUCCUGGUGUACCGGACCUCUCGGUAGUCAUCAGGGCCAGCUGGGAAGGCUCCCUUGCGAUUGUUUGUGGAGUGGUCAUAAAUCAUCUACGAGUGGCAGCAACGUAGAGGAAGAAACAAAAAGUCAGUAAGCAAAAAAGCACAUCACAACAAAUUUCGUCGCUGGUCCCAGAUAACAACGGUAGGCCCUUUACGUACCUGAUUGGUCGCAAUGUAGUCCUCCACAGAUUGAUCAUAGACACCCGCCAGUUUGGCCAUUUGUCGACAGUAGUCCCAUUGCUGUGCUCCCAGAUAAUGUGUAUCUUGGAUCCGGCCAUUUUGUGGUCCCUUGGCACCUCCCGACACGGCAUCCCGUUCGGCCGCUUGGAGUCGUUCUUCGAGCGGUGGAAGUUGAUUGUUGUGGACCGUGUAUUGGGCAUGUACCGCUUCGGCUUGGAACUCGACUUCGGGAAAGGGUACCACACUGUGUGGAAUGCCCAAAAAAGAUACCGUAGGAUACCGUGCAUGCCACAGCUGUUCGUAAAGUGGCAUGACCCGUCGUUCUCCCGGAACACACUGGACUGGUUCAUCAUCAUUGUUGUCAUUGUUGUUGUUGAGAAAGGGGAAAUCAUAGUCGUAUCCCGUGCAGAAAAUGAUACAAUCCACCGUGGGAAAGAGUGUAUUGCAAUUUUGAAACUGCGCGGUUCCGUCUUCUUGAAUUCCCACCGUCAAUGGCACCCAGGUGAUAUUAUCGAG